AUGACAACACUCAUCACAGGAGGAACGGGACGGUCGGGUCUCUCCCUCGCCAAGCUUCUUCGCGCUGCAGGACGCCCCGUCGUCAUUGCAUCCCGCGCAGGGACCGCCCCGGAGCCGUUCAAAGCCGUCAAGUUCGAGUGGUACGAUGCGAGCACCUACGAAGGCGCCCUGAGCGACGCUUCAAUUGACCGCGUAUACGUCGUCGGACCUCCGGGCAGAAAGGAGUCGGCGAUGGUCAUAGACUUUAUAGAGUUCGCCAUCUCGAAGGGCGUGAAGCGCUUUGUGUUGAUGUCUGCUGCGCCUUUCGAGCCCAAGGAGGAGUCGCCUAUUCCUGCGAUGGUCAUUCACAAGUAUCUCCUUGAUAAAGGUGUGGAUUAUGUUGUCCUGCGACCGACUUGGUUCAUCGAGAACUUCGGGUCCAACUUCCUGGCUAGCAUCAGGGACAACAACGAAAUCUUCUCAGCUGCGCCGACUGGGCUUAUCCCGUGGAUAUCGACAGAGGACGUUGCACAGGCUGCAUUUGAGGCAUUGACGGCUGAGCCAAGUCCCAACAAGGACAUCAUAAUUGUCGGUCCAGAGCUACACUCUUACCCCGAUGCUGCCAAAAUCGCAACCGAGGUGCUUGGUCGACCGAUCGUGUAUAAGGAAAUUACUGUAGAGGAGCACGCUGCGCGUUACGCUAAGGCGGGUCUCGACCCCGAUUUCUCCAAAGUCCUUGCAGGUAUGGACAAGGUUAUUGAAGCGGGAACGGAAGAGUCCUAUUUCAAAGACCAGAAGCUAGCCGCCGAGGGACGGAAGUAUGUAGGAACGCGUACCCUGCGUCAAUACUUCCAGGAUAACAAGGCGUUGUGGAGCAAGUAA